UACACUGCAGAGCCACAGACGCCUUCAUUUUAUGUUUUUGAAUAAUAGCCGGAGCUAGUGUGGCGAAGUGUAUCUGUGGAAUCUGCCCGGAGCUCAACCCCCGCACAGCCUCAAGUGCCCGGAAAAGGAGCAGCUUUUUGACCGAGUUUGGAUUUAAAGGCGCUCUCCGACGCUUUCAGAGAUAUGGGCUCAGAGCCACCCAGCUCUCCACAGGUGGUGGAGGAUGGAGGAGAGGAGGAUGAGGAGGAGCUGAGUGGAGGGGAGGAGGCAGAUCUGAGGUCCAGUUCCGGCAGGGGCUCCCUGCUGACCCGGAGAGGCAUCACCCUGAGAGUGCUGCUCAAGGACGGCCUGGUGGAGCCCGGGGACGGCGUGCUCGCUAUCCACUACCUGGGUAAGAACUUUGUAGGAGACCUGUUGAAUGAUGGGAAAAUCAGGUGGGUGGAGACGGGGCAGAUCUUCAACUCCCCCAGCGCCUGGGCAACACACUGCAAACGUCUGGUCAACCCAGCCAAGAAGUCUGGCUGUGGCUGGGCGUCCGUGCGCUACCGGGGACAGAAGCUGGUCCAGUACAAAACCACCUGGCUGCACAAGUACCAACCCAGCGCAGACAUGAGCCUUGUGAGUGAGGAGGACGAUGACGAGGAUGAAGAGGAAGGAAAGACAGCCGUGCAGGCGGAUGAGAAGAACAAGAACAACAAACCUGGAUUAAAUGACCUGAUGGCUUCACGCAGAACUGACAGAGAGAGGAUUCCUGUCAGAUAUUGCACCUUGGGCACCAGAGAUGCUGCCAGGGAUCCACACACACUCGUGGAGCUGUCGGCCUUCUCUGCCAUCAACAGAUUCCAGCCUUUCAAUGUAGCCGUGUCCAGUAAUGUACUGCUGCUAAUGGACUUCCACUGUCACCUGACCACCAGUGAGGUGGUGGGAUACCUCGGAGGACGAUGGGAUACAAAUACACAACUGUUGACAGUCUUAAGGGCUUUCCCCUGUCGGACCAGGCUGGCAGACAGAGACUCAGCUUCUGCUGUUGAGGAGGAGAUCUGUCAGAACCUGUUCAUGCGCGGGCUGUCGUUGGUGGGCUGGUACCACAGUCACCCGCGAGGUCCGGCUCUGCCGUCGCUGCAGGACAUCGACUCCCAGAUGGACCAUCAGCUGAGGCUGCAGGGUUCAAACAACGGCUUCCAGCCCUGUCUGGGCAUCAUCUGUGGGCCGUAUUAUCACGGCAAUCAAGGUGUGGCGUCCACAAUAACCCCUUUCUGGGUCGUACCACCGCCUGAGCAGCGGCCGAAUGACCACGGUAUCCCAGUGGCCGUGGAGGUCACCUACGUGCAGGACAACUUUCUCACCAGUGACGUUCUUAAUGAGAUGAUGCUGCUGGUUGACUACUACAGGGCAGCUCCGGACGUCGUCCACUUCAGCCAGUAUUGGUGUCCGGAUACGACCAUGAUGGACAAGAUCAAGGGCUCUCUGAGCUGCCACGCUCCCAAAGAUCAGGCCUACUCUCAGAUCUUAGAGCAUGUCUACAGUCAGCUGAGCAACAUACACUGAAUGGAUUUUGCCGUGCAUGUCAAGUCGUUCCAUUUCUCAAAAAGGAUGUGAAAAAAAAAAACCUGCUUGAAAAACAUAUAGAUGCCUUGAAUUCUCUCAUGCUUGAGUGAUACUUAAUUUUGAUACAGCGUUAAAGAGAAAUGUACAGUUGAUACACAAAAACCAAGCAGCACCGGAUCAGAGAACACGAUGCCAACAUUUUACACAAGGACACUCAAUAGAAGCAUUUCAUGGACCAGAAAUCUGACUGCCUGACCGUCUUCUUCCUUUUUCCACAUGGACCUAUGUGCCUGUCCGUGCCAGCAUCCGGUGGUUUGAGCAGAUAUGUACAAUGUAAAUGUUUAAUGUGUUGUUAUUGCCUUUAUAGACUAAACCAAUGGAGCAGUGGUUCGGGGGGGGGGGGGGGGGGGGGAAGAAAAAAAAAAGUGAAAAUGAGUAGUGCAGAAAUAUACUACAUUAGCAAAGUAUGCAAGCGUGUCUUGGUUUGACCUAAACUGUACUCUUUGCAAUAGGUUUCGUCAACGUUUGUGUUCCUCAAGUCAAAUUGGAUGGUUGCAAUGUGGUGCAAGUAAUUCCAUUGUGCCAAGCAAAUCGUUUUUUUUAAUGAACCUGUGUGUGUGUGUGUGUGUGUGUGUGUGUGUGUGCCCCUCUACUGUCUUCCUGUCAGGUUGUGUGAGACGAGUCCUGUUGGUUAGGACAGAUAUUUGCUUCCUCUCUUUCCUGUACUGUAUUUAUUACUAACUGUGGAUUUUGUGAUGUACAUGAAUGAAGACAGAGCAAUGCCUUAAGCCUGCUGAUCCACAAAGCAUUAAAAUAUUCACACUGGAACUAUUUAAA